AUAAUCAGAGUAAGUAUUAUAAUCUAUACAUUUGUUAUAUAUAUAAACAGCUUUGUACACUAUAAGGACGGCUUAUAUUUGUCUACUUCGUUUGAUUUGGACGUAUUAUGAUUCUGAAUUGUUUCUUCUCCGGAGUCGAAGUUCUUCUAAUCUUUGUCAAAACAAGACCCCCCUCAUAAUUAGAUCAUGAUGAAUCACUGCGAUGAAGAUAAGGAUACAGUUUCCUUGCGGGAUUAUUAUGCGAGGCAUAUUGAUUCAUCAAGCCCGAUUGAAGCUGGAAGAGAACACUAUUCACCACACCAUAAAGAUAGUACUACAAAAAAAGUAGAGAAAAUACUUGAUCCAUGGGCAGCAUCCCCUCGAGCAUGGAAUAAGAUAUUCUUGGCUUCAUGUGUAAUUGGAGUCAUAAUCGAUCCAUUGUUUCUUUACAUUCCAAUUGUAAACGAUGAAAACAAGUGCCUCGACAAGGACAACAAUAUGAUGGUCAUAGCUCUUCUUCUGCGAUCUGUUACAGAUUUCUCUUAUGUCUUACACAUCAUUUUUCGGCUUCAAAUUGCACUAGCCAUGUCCAAGGAAUUUGGUCUAUCCAUUUUUACUGGGUUUCCCUGGUCUUAUCUCCUAAUCGAUGUUUUAGCUAUUCUUCCUCUCCCUCAGGUGAUAGUUUUAAUGUACUUCUCAAAGAUUACUGGAUCAAAAUCCUUGACUGCAAGAAAGUACCUCAAUUUAAUACUUCUUCUCCAAUACGUGCCUCGGAUUCUUCGCGUGUACUUCUCAGCCAAAGAGCUAGGAAAAACUUGUGACUCACUCACUCGACGUGUAUGGGUCAGAGGUGCCUUCUUCUUUUUCCUCUACAUUAUUUUUGGCCAUGUGUUUGGGGCAUUUUGGUACUUUUAUUCGAUAUUUCGUGAGACAGCUUGCUGGCACAAGGCAUGUGUAAGAGUUGGACCACAAGAAUGCACACUUGGUCCUUUUGACUGUAGUCAUGGCCUUCAUCCCAUUAAGAAUUUGACAUUGCUGAACCAGCAUUGCCCUGUUAAUCCACCAAAUCCCUCCAUCUUCAAUUUUGGAAUAUUUUCUCAAGCCAUUGAGUCUCGUAUAGUGUGCAAAACAAAUUUUCUCAGAAAAUUUUCUCGUAGUUUUUGGUGGGGUUUGAGAAAUUUAAGCUCUUUUGGUCAAAACCUCGACACAAGUAGCAAUGUAGAAGAAAAUCUGUUCGCAGUUCUUAUUUCUAUCCUGGGCUUACUUUUGUUUUUAUACCUUAUUGGAAAUUUACAGACAUACAUGCAAUUGGAAACUACAAAGUCAGAAGAAGCUAGGAGAAAAAUUCGUAUCAAACAACCAGAAAUAGAUUCUUAUCUAUCAAACCAUGACCUUCCACCACAUAAAAAGAAAGUCAUCAAGAGAUACCUAACUCGAAGUAUUAGAGAAGGCAAAGAUUUCGAUGUCAAACAUCUCUUUUCUUUACUUGAAGAACAUGCUGAUCAUGACCAACACAAGAAUGAGACAUUUGCAGCUUGGGUUACCAAAAUAUUGGAUGUGAAAAAGCAUGAGAGGAACACAAUUGAACACAAGACAGAGCUAUGGAUAUCAAGAAAUGGAAUUCCUGAGGAUAUAAAGCCAAAGAUUAUGAAAUAUGCACAAUUGAGAUUGCAAGAAGGAAAAGAUGUCAAUAUCCAACAUCUUUUGCAAAUUCUUCCUUUGACACUAGGAAUGUCUAUUAAGAAACACAUGUGUUUCCCUAUCUUAAAAAAAGUUCCACUGAUUCAAAACAUGGAUGAAUAUGUUUAUGAAACAAUCUGCAAAUCUUUAAAGCCAGUCGUAUAUUCAGAGAACAGCUAUAUAAUUCGAAAGGGAGAGCCUCUUGAUAUGGUGCUUUUCAUCACACAAGGUGCUGUGUGGACCUUCGGAAGUAGUAAUAAUAGUCCAACGAAUCGUCUUCAAAAGGGAGAUUUCUAUGGAAAUGAACUCAUAGAAUGGCAGUUUAACUCAACAUCCUAUAAUGACUUUCCAAUCUCUACUGCCAAUCUCAAAUCACAUACGAAAGUUGAAGCCUUUGCUUUGAUGGCAAUUGACUUGGAGCAUGUGCUCUCUAGUUGCUGGUCUAAGUUUUUUGAAUGCUCAACCAAUGAAUCCAUUUCUGAGGGCUUAAAAUCUUUCGCAGUGAUUUAUAUGCAACGAAGGUUCCGACGUAACAUGAGAAAUAGAAAGGCACAAGAAAAUAAUAAGUUAAGUAUAUGUGUUGACCAACGAUUUCGUUAAACUCUUGUAAUAGCCUACAAGUCAAGUGUAGGUGUAACUUUAUUUGUUUCACUUUAUCAAAUAGUGGGAAGCUUUACCCUAGUUCACUGUA